AGGGGUGGUCACGUGCUCAGCGCACGCCUGCAUCCAGUCAUUGUUGGUAGUGUACAGCAUAUGAUCACAGCCCGGCUCACUGAUGUCGGGGAAAACGUAACAACAUUGGUUAUUUCACCGGAUACCAUAUUACACGAGUGAACCCACGAACAGCAGGUAUGAAGAUAGAACCGGCCAGAUCGCCACCUGUCUGAGCACACCUUCGUUGGUUGAUAUCCCACAGAGCUGAUAUCCUUUGUACGACGUUGAUAUCUGUAACUAUCCUUGUAUGGCAAGCGAUACCAAUCGGCCUCAGCAAGAGCCGUUGUGAUCUGAACAGUCAUUCAUCAUCUCAGCCUUUGUCUCAAACCCCAAGAAGUUCACAGCUAUGUUCGAAUAGAUGACGGACAGACAAGCCAAGCUGAUGACAAUUCGUAGGGGGCAUCUAAUCCAAGAUUAUCCCACCGAUUCCGAAGUCCACUGAAGUUGUACCCAGCAGGGAGUUCGUGCCAGACCGCCAAUCGUCCAGUCGAGGCACAUGUCGUGAUCCAGUGGUCAUUUGUGGGAAGCACGUGAGGUAACCGGACUGACCAGUAGGGUUGAUGGGUAAAGGUCGACAUCAGGAAACUACGGAGGACGUUCAGGGGAACGGCAAGAUGGAGACGGACGCUGCAGCGUCCCUCCCCGUCCCUCCAGACGGGGGCUGGGGAUGGAUGGUGGUGUUUUCAUCGUUCUUGAUUCACGUCAUUGCAGAUGGGAUUGUGUAUUCGUUCGGUGUGUUUUUUGUGGAAUUCUUGGAUUAUUUUAAAGGAGGGAAAGGGGAGACGUCCUGGGUUGGAUCGCUCGUCCCCGCUGUCACCUACACCGUGGGUCCCAUCGCCAGUGCUUUGACGAACCGAUACGGAUGCCGUGCCGUCACCAUUGCCGGAGCCAUCAUUGCCGCCGUCGGCUUCAUCCUGUCGUUGUUUGCUCCCAACAUCUACUACCUCUACUUUUCCUUCGGCAUUAUGUCAGGCGUCGGAUUCGGGCUCAUCUAUCUCCCAGCUAUUGUCUCCGUCGCCAACUACUUCGAGAAGAAGAGAGCUUUUGCAACCGGUUUGGCGGUUUGUGGAUCCGGAUUCGGAACGUUCAUUCUCGCACCUUUUACAAAAUGGAUGAUCGACGAAUUCGGCUGGAAAGGAACGAUUCUCAUCCAAGCUGGGCUUAUUUUAAAUGUUAUUGUUUGUGGAGCCUUAUUUAGGCCUCUUGAAAAUAAAAACAAGAAUCAGACAGACGAACUGCUGGAAAAAUUGGAAAAAGAGGCGAAAGACAUUUUAGAAAAUGAAGAGAAACAAAGCCGGAAGUAUGACAGUAAAACGGAAGUUAAUGGUAAAGAUGAAAGCGAGGCUCUCAUAUCACCAAAGCCCAAUCCUAAUGUCGAGAGGUUGAUCCUACCUGGAAGAGAAAUUGAAAUGAACCGCAUUUUCAACAGCAACAGGGAACUUGCCAAUCCCAAAGGAAGCACAAUUGACACUCCGAGAAUUGCCGACUUGGCUCGUAGUGACGGCGCGUUGCACAGAGUUCAAAACGGAAGAGCGAAGUCUGCCUCCCCGGUCGGUUCUCCCGACUACCUUGACCCUCACAGAUACCACAGACAGACAUCUGGGGGCGGAACUUCCGGUUUGCUGUACCGGAAGGACAUAUUUUACAGUGCAAGCUUGCAGAACAUCCCAAUGUAUCGCUCUCAUCAUGACGUCUACAUCGCCAGCAUCACCUCCAUCCCCGAGGCGGUGGACGACGACAACGGCAAAUGUUGCGGAGUGUUCAAACCGUCACCAGAGUUUCGUGACGCUAUGAAAGAAAUGCUGUCCUUCUCCCUUCUAAAAAAUCUCGUGUUUCUACUGUUCGCCAUCUCAAAUUUUUUUACGAGUAUUGGAUUCAACAUGCCCUUCAUCUACCUCCCAGAUCGUGCUAUAGAGUCAGGAGUUGAAACACACAACGCUGCUUUUCUGUUGUCUGUUAUCGGUAUCGCCAACACAGUCGGCAGGGUCAUCUUCGGCUGGCUGUCAGAUCGGAAGGGCGUCAACCGUCUUGCGCUUUACAACUCUGCGUUGACUAUCUGCGGCGUCGCUACUGCGUUGAGUCCGUUCUGUGGAGGAAGCUACCCGUUGCUGAUUGUAUAUGCUGCUUGCUUUGGGGUCUUCAUUGGCGUUUACGUGUCCUUGACCUCUGUCGUCCUUGUUGACCUUUUGGGAUUGGACCACCUGACCAACUCCUUCGGCCUCCUGUUGUUGUUUCAAGGAGCCGCUACGUUCAUCGGACCUCCCAUGGCAGGUUGGAUGUACGACUGGACCGGAAGUUACGACAUAUCAUUUCACGUGAACGGCGCCAUGAUCGCCAUCAGCGGGCUGAUGCUGUUCUUCAUCCCGUGUGUGCAGCGCUAUCAGUACAUGAGAGACGGCGUGAGCGCGAGGGACAUCGAAUACGGUCGCCACGUCAAGUCGGAGACCGAGAUUGGGGAGAUAUUAGAAACACCAACAACGACAUGAAGAAAUAUUUUGUGAGCACAUCGUGUCUUCCAUCAUCGUGGCCUUCAGCUGAUGUCCUGCCUAUCUGCAUUAUGAUGCUGUCAGUGAAAGGAAUAUUUCUCUGGACCAUUAUGCCUUCACAAAUGAUACGUUGUGUUGCCCUUGUGAUAUGUGCGCAAUAUGUGCAUAGAGCACCUCAUGCCUUCACCUUUUUGUCACGUGACCCUCAUGUAUUCAAUUAGUACAUCACGUCAAUCGACGCCAUAUUUUUAUUUGUUGCCCGUUAAAUAGAGAACGGCUGCCACAUAUCGGACUAAAUUUCACGACACAAAUGUUUUGAAAAUGAAGUGCUUUAGGUCGUAUCGACUUGUCAUAUAUUUUCUGCCGCCGUGUGAAGUACCAAGAAAGGAUUGGACACCAGUGACGUGAAUCAGUGGAUACCUUAAAAAAUAUCCCUGGUUCAAAUGAAGCGGAAACUGGACCACACUUUCUGCAAUAUUCAAGUCUAGGGCAUAAAGGAAUAUGGAUUAUUGAUUAUGAGACCUUGUGGUGAACUUGCGUUAACCCUGAACUUUAUCCUGUUGGGAAGAGUUAUUGCCCCUAACGUCCUCCACAAGUUCAUAACGAGAUACACGUGCGGAUCUAUAAAAGCCGAUGCGCGAGCUACGCAAAUAUAUGUUUUGGAUACUUUUAUAUACAUAUAUGACCAUAUAUACUUGUAUGUUGUGUUAGUGUUGUGGAUGUAUGUUGUCGCAGAGUGAUUGUUAGUCUGACAAGAGUGUUGGAGAUGAGUUAGUAUGUUAGUUGAUCGAAUCAGGUUAAGAUUUGUUAUGCUUUUGUUAAUAAUGAAUACCUCUUUUUCACGUAGCAUGUUCGUGGAAGCUCUCGCGGAUAUUCAUUAUGCGCAUGCAAAAUGCUGUAGUUGUUACGAAGUUGAAGAUUGAUCAUGUCUCAUCAUUGUCAUGAAACUUGACCAGGGUGCAUUCUGUCUGCGUUUUAGACAUUGUAAUUGUUAAUAGGGUUAACGUGUCAUUCCGGGAGAUAUGGUUAAUGCCAGUGUUGGACACCUGACCAUGGUAAAGUUUACUGUGAAAAAUCGAGAUUUGGGGUUUCGUGUAAGGAGACUUAUUUGUUAUGUUUCACUAGAGACGUUGCUGAUAGAUAUUGAUCACUUUGGUUUGCUUGAUCUGGGUCUGACAGGCUUUUUCUCAUUAUCAGGAAGAAUAUGAGAUUCGAACCUACGAUCAGCAGAUCCUGGAACAAGCCAGGAUGCGAUACGAAGCAUAUAGAACUGUAAGGGCUGGACAAUAAAGCCCACAAUAUUGUUAUGUUUGUAUGGGCAAACACGAAGCACAAAUCACGCUAAAUAAAUGUAUUUUGUCGAAUUCGUAAAAUUUCAUAAAGUUGUAUUUUAUCACAAGUUCAUGUCAAUUUGUUGUAUUUUUCGUCAUGUUCUUGUUAUUGAUAUCUACAGUAGAUAUUGAUUCCUCUCUGUGAGAGCAGUCCUGCUGACCAUGUUUCAUCUGCAGGUAUCAACAGCAAUAUGGAUAGUUCCGAGGUAUCGCAGAUGUUCCGUUUUGACUUUGCAAUCACCAUCGCCAUCGCCACGCUUCUGCUUUUGUCAGCCAAGAGAACUGAGUAACGAUAUAGAGGUGUCAGUUUACAUUUUCCUCUUAAGCCAAUCAAAUAUGUAGCGCUGUUUUUGUGCCCAAUCAGAAUCGGCGGUUCAGCCAUUUAAAACCACCAUUUCCCAGUGACAUGUUACGGUUAACUUGUAACAAAGCAUUUGAUUGGCCCUCAGUCGGUGGUACAAUGAAAAGUGGACGCAUGGUUUUAAACGGAAUAGCUGCGAGUGCUGGAUAUCUGAGUGAACAAAGUGUGGGCUGAAGGAUAUUCCAUUGUACGAUCCUGAAGAGACAUUUCCCACUACGUCCAUUAUCUCAUGCUAUGUCGAUGAAUGUGUCAUAAUGUCCAUUAUCUCAUGCCAUGUGUUAUAAUGUUUAUGCUUCAUAACUAUACAGCAACAUAAAUAUUUACAAAAAUACCAGUUAACUGUUUGAUAUGAAUGGGCAUAUUGUGAAAGGAUGUUGGAUGUUUCUGGAAUAAAAGGUUUUGGGAUUGUCCAA